AUGUCAGAUGGGUGUCGGAUGGCGAACAUCGACAAUCUUCCACGCCCCAUCGAUCUGGACACUGUACUUCUGGGAACACCACAGGGAUGUGUGUAUGCUAUCAACAAAGACGAGCACAUUCAUUCGAGACUUCGACAAUACUGCAAAGUGUUCGAAGCUCGAAACUUCGAACGAUUGGAUGGCAAGCAGAAAGAAUUUGUUCGCGUGGGCGAAACCUUUGCAUUGCUCAUUCUCCCAAAGUACAUCCACGAUGGGACUUAUUUGCGUCGCGCCAGAGUUGUCGCAAAAAGAAGAGAAUUCACCGUCUUCUUGGAACUGGACACAGGAUCGAUUCAGUGGAUAGACUGGCAAUCGGAAAUCAUGCACCCUGAUAGUGCUAGUUUGAGCGAGCUGCUCGAGGAGCCAUCAUGCAUCUCACGUUACCGUUUUCAUAUCAAAACGGGUAUCCCCCAACUGCUCGCCGUCGCAAAAAAGAACGAGGUCAACUUUCUCUAUCACGAACGUGUUCACGGUGGAUGGCUUCCGAUGAUUGAAGAAAUGAGAGAUGACGGGAGAAACUUGUUCCGCACAGGACCAAUGUGGUCUCCUGAGUAUGCUUAG